AUGGAUGAUAAUGAGUUAGUGAUGUUGCAAGAUGACGCAGGAAAAAAUAGAAUGAAAAUGAUUGCACUAAUUAAUAGAAAUGUGCAUCUAUAUGUAAUGCAUCCAGUGUUGGGGGAAGAGAAAAUAUUGCCUAUUAAAAACAAUGUAGGUCCCAUUGGUGUAGAAGACGACAAGUUGGAAGAUGACAUGUUGGAUGAAUUGAACAAAUGCUAUUGUAAUAAAUUUGAUGAAGGAGGGCCCGCUGGUGUAGAAGAUUCAGAUGCAGUUAACCAAAAAGGUUCACUUGAGGAAGUUAAUAUUGAUGGGGCCACUGAGAACAUUAACCAAAAAGAUUCAUGUCUAAAUGUUAACUUUGAGGGGGAAGCCGUGUCUGAGGAUGCAAUAGUGAAUAUUACUUUAGAUGGGACCACUGAACAUGUUGUAUGUGACCAAGAUGAUAUAUUGGAUGACACAGAUUACUUAGUAAGUGUUCAAACUGAUUCAGUUGCUGAGGGACUUAUUUGUAACCAAGAAGAUGAAAUUACAAUUGAUAUAGCUAGGGGGAAAGAAAAAGGGAGGGGAAAGGGUAAUUUAAAAGGUAAGGGAAAUGGUAAAGGUAAGGGGAAAUCCAAGGUUGCGAUACCAAGGAAACAAAAGUUAAUGGAAGAAGAAGUUGUGGGUAGUGGUGUAUUUGAUGAUGUGAAUGAAUGUGAGGCUACAAAAGAAAGCUUUAGAGGUUUGAGUGAUAUUGAGGAGUAUGACACUGAUGAUUUACAACAUGAUUAUGAUAGUGAAGACAGUGAGGUUUUAAAAGAUGAUUUUCCAACUUUCAAGCUUCCAAAAUGA